AGCGAGAAACCUCGGCUAUUGUAAACGGAAUCAAACAAUGCGUAUCACCAACGCGGAUCAGAACACGUUGUGAAUCUGUUUCGCUUCCUCUUUCCGUGGAUUCUUUUUACUCAUGCAGGAAGUGCGUAAAAAAAAACUGCGUUCAAAUACGGGUGUCCUUCGUACGUGCAACCAGCCGUAUCAAAUUUUGCGAGACAUCGAUAAUUGUCGAGUAUUCGCGAAGAGGAAGCGAGGGGCAGAUCGCAACGCAUAAGAUACGUCGGUCGGGCGGUGACGUGAACAUUCAUUGCUGAGAUAUCCUUGGUAUCACGUCUACUUUGUGCAGGCUCCGACUUUGAGCGUGAAGAACUCAGGAACUCAGGUGACCGAAGUUGAUCAGGGAUGAAGUUAGCUGUCGCUCUGCUGAUGGCCGUCGCCGUCGUGCUCUCGACGGCCGAGGAGCAGGAACCGAAAGACGACUACAUACACCUGCCGGGGAAGACUUGCGAGGAGGCACCGGCUUGCCCCGACAACAGGCCUUGCGUAAUGGCUAAACCCCAUUGCAAAGUAGGCCCUUGCCCGGAUCUGGUACCAACGUGCGGGCCCGAGCCCAAGCUCUGAGCGCACGAGUUCGAAAAUAGAUCUACGUUGUAUUUUCAGCUCUAUAUAUGUUGUAUCUUCCCGUUUCUCACGAUUAAUGAAAAGAUAUUGCUGAGUUA